UGCAGCGCUUCUCGCACAUGCGCAGUGGGCUCUCAGCUGUCACAGCCGGGUGCCCACAGUCUCUGGUCAUCUCUUGUACUGUCCGCAGUCUCUGGUCAUCCCCUGUACUAUGUCUGCAGUCUCUGGUUAAUCUCCUGUACUGUCUGCAGUCUCUUGAUCAUCCCCUGUACUGUCUGCAGUCUCUGGUCAUCCCCUGUACUGUCCGCAGUCUCUGGUCAUCCCCUCUACUGUGUCCGCAGUCUCUGGUCAUCUCCUGUACUGUGUCUGCAGUCUCUGGUCAGCUCCUGUACUGUGUCCACAGUCUCUGGUCCUCCCCUGUACUGUGUCUGCAGUCUCUGGUCAUCUCCUGUACUGUGUCCACAGUCUCUGGUCAUCCCCUGUACUGUGUCCACAGUCUCUGGUCAUCUUCUGUACUGUGGCCGCAAUCUGUGGUCAUCUCCUGUACUGUGUCUGCAGUCUCUGGUCAGCUCCUGUACUGUGUCCGCAGUCUCUGGUCAUCUCCUGUACUGUGUCCGCAGUCUCUGGUCUAACCCCUG